GCUCUAAGAAUAACAUGUGCUCCAUCCUGCGACUGUUCUCUUCCCCCUCUCUCCUCAUCUCUGAUUAGGGUUUCAGAGAGAACUGUAUCAAUCUCCUCCAUGACAACGACAGCGACAAUGCUUCUCCGAAGCUCUUCCACGCCGAUUCUUAAUUCAUAUAUUCCUCACUCCAAUUCCAAGGAUUCCCCUCAUGAACCCGAAAUCCUUCACCGGAUCCCGAGAACUCGCUCCGUUACGCUCUCCGCGUCGAGUAGUUCUCUCUCGCCGAUUGACGCUUCGCCCAACAGAAUGACGCGGGCGCUGUCGGAGACGGAUCUCUCUGCGCGCCACAAGCGGAAGCCUCUCAGCCGCCGCAUCUUCGAAGAAGACGAGGAGAGCGUGGCCAGCGCGGUCGGUUUUCGUUCGAGAACGGCAUCGUUUGGUUCCGCGCUUUUUUCUUUCUCCGAGUUGGACGAGGGGGAAGAUGGCGUUGGUCUCAUGGACGAUGCGGCGGCGCGUGUCUUAGUUGAAGGUGGAGGUGGCGGCGGCGCUGGUGGAUGGGACAACAGUGAUGGUGGAGGUUCGGGGUAUUGGGAUUCGAAUCCCGGGAACGAUAGCACGGACUUGUAUUACCGGACAAUGAUCGAAGCCAAUCCCGGGAAUCCUCUUUUUCUUAGCAACUACGCUAGGUACUUGAAAGAGGUUCGCGGGGACUAUGUUAAAGCGGAAGAGUAUUGUGGUAGAGCGAUUUUGGCGAAUCCAAAUGAUGGGAACGUGUUAUCGAUGUAUGCAGAGUUGCUAUGGGAGAGCCAUAAGGAUGCUUCUCGAGCUGAAACAUAUUUUGAUCAAGCAGUUAAAGCCGCUCCAGAUGACUGUUAUGUUCUAGCAUCCUACGCUCAUUUUCUUUGGGACGCUGACGAAGAAGAUGAUGUAGUGCAAGAAGAUUCUUCCGAAAAAUCUCCCAGUUUCUUGCAUGGAUCUGCGCCGCUGCCACCUCCUCCUCUCGCUGCUGCUUCUUAAGUUGCGUCCUCUGUUUUCUGGCUUGCAUAUGACUUUCUAACUUUUGUUUAUACUACCUUAACCUUUCCUUGUAAUAUUUUUGGUCGAUGAAAAUAGUUGUAAUGGUUUUUGUCCAACUCGUCAUCAAUGUAGAUUCAUGUAGCAAUACACGAGAAUAAAAGAUGUGGGGCAUUCUCUUUUCCUUU